UCCCCGUCGAGCCAAUAUAAAACAGGUUCACACAGUUAACACAUAAGGAGGACCUUAGAACUCCAUUAUCGUCUUCAUUGUCAGCGAACGUUGCCGAGAUCCAAGAGAAAUGGUUGAGGAAGUCAAGACCAAGUUACCUGUCCCGGAAUCAGUAUUGAAGAAGCAGAAAAGGAAUGAAGAAUGGGCACUUGCAAAAAAGCAGGAGCUCAAUGCUGCAAAGAAGAAGAGUGCUGAGAACAGGAAGUUGAUUUUCAACAGGGCCAAGCUGUACUCAAAGGAGUAUGAGGAGCAGGAGAAAGAAUUGAUUCGUUUGAAGCGUGAGGCAAGGUUGAAAGGAGGGUUUUAUGUUAACCCAGAGGCAAAGCUUUUGUUUAUCAUAAGAAUUCGAGGGAUUAAUGCAAUGCACCCAAGGACAAAAAAGAUUCUGCAGCUUCUGCGUUUGCGCCAGAUCUUUAAUGGUGUAUUUUUGAAAGUCAACAAGGCAACAAUGAACAUGUUGCAUCUAGUUGAACCCUAUGUAACCUAUGGUUAUCCAAACCUGAAAAGUGUCAGAGAAUUGAUCUACAAGCGAGGUUAUGGGAAAUUGGACAAGCAGAGAAUUCCUUUAACAGACAACUCCAUUAUUGAGCAGGCUUUGGGGAAGCAUGGAAUUAUCUGUGUUGAAGAUCUCAUCCACGAGAUACUCACUGUUGGACCCCACUUCAAGGAGGCAAACAACUUCUUGUGGCCAUUCCAGCUCAAGGCACCGUUGGGUGGACUGAAGAAGAAGAGGAACCAUUAUGUUGAAGGUGGAGAUGCAGGCAAUCGUGAGGAUUUCAUCAAUGAGCUCAUCAGGAGGAUGAACUGAUCCCAACCCAGUUUUGUUACAUAAGUACUCGAAUUUGGUUGUUACCCAUAGAAGAUCCUUUACUGUUUAGUUCUGAAGCUAUCGAGUAUCUUCAUUUUGUUCAAGAAUCAAGACUAUGCUGUCAAAUAUUAAGUGCUUAUUUUGUCAGGCUUGCAACCUGAAAAGAUUACUUGGAGUAGAAAUUUUUUAAAAUGCCUUAUUGAAUUUUAUAUUGCUUUUGAAA